AAUGCGCCCCGUCUUCACGUCUAAUAAAAGCUCCGAGACGAUUAACAACCCUUCAUCUUCUGUGUUAAAUAAAUUAGAAUAUAUUAAAAAUACAAUGUGUGUUUACCGGAGUGGUCGAAAAACAUGGACUAGUUGGUAUGUUGGAUCGCGCUGAAAAUACAAACAAAAACAGUCUGAGCAGGUAUAAUCGAUAUAACAAAACGUCAUUUGUGGAAAAUGAAUGGUAAUCUGUCUCCUAUAGCUAAGAAUCGUAAACACAAAGAAGAAAUGAAGGAGCAGAUCGUAGCGCAAGUACAUAAAACAGUUAUUUCUACUAAUAAUAGUGAUGAUUAUCAAAAUUCCGAACCCGAAUCAAAUAGGACGUACACAAAAUAUGAAGACAACAAUGAAAACAUAAGUUUGCAUACUCCCAGCAGAGAGAUCUCGGUGGAUGGUGAAAGUCAAAUUAAUUCGAAAAUAUUAUCCUUAAUAGAAACUGAAAUGAAAAGGGAUAUAAAUAGACAUUCUCAUUUCACCGAUUCUAGACCUCAAAGUUUAAGUUUUUACGAAGACGAAAAAAUGCCAGAGGAAUUGUCUGGAAAUUUGGAACUUCUCAGUCCGGAAGAAAGAAAGCAUUAUAAAAAACGAAAAGAAUACCUCCAAAUGGACACUGAUGAAAUGAACGCGUACAAUUCGUUACAAGUCGCUCAUAGUGGAAGAGAUCCUGACGAUAUAAUGACUUCUUCUCUAAAAAAAUCAAAAUCAAAGAAGAAAAGACACAUAGAGUCUGAAAUGGGAAUGGGAGAUAGCAGAGAAAUGAUGAUUCCUAAAGAAAAGAAAAAGAGUAAAAAGAAAAGAAGAGAUGUAUCUCCAGCAAAUUCUAGUAAUACUAAGAGGAAACAUAAAAAGAGAGAAGAAGAUUACGAUCUUCGGAACGAUAUCGCAGUCGCCUUAGAAGAACUUCAGGAUGACGUUUUCGAAACUACUCCUGAAUUUAAUUCAAAACCGGAUAAAAUGAAAAAGAGCCCCAGGAAAUCUGAUAAACUGUAUAUACAGAAGAAAACCAAAUUUGAAGUAACCCCUAGAUCUAAAAGCGCUUUAUUGCACAGACAACUAUCGAUAGACAACGUGGACGACAAUUUUGGAAAAAAGUGCGCAGUUUAUCCAUUAGAAAUCUCUAUUUGUUUUCAAAAAUGGUGGUUACGUUUUUCUACGUUAUGUCACGGUCUUCUUGGGGGAUUAGGCUUAGGACAUUGGUUAUAUAUAAUUUGCAAUUUUAACCAACAAGAUACUAGUUUUUUAAUUCACUACGCUUAUUAUAGUGACAUAUAUGUCGGGAUGUUCUUCGCUUUAUGUGUCUUAUGUCUUGUAUCAGUUUUUGACAGGAUUGACACUGCUCACUUUGAAAAAAAUUGCCUGAAAGAGUGUUGGAAUCAGAAAAGGAUUUCUGUAAUAGUUUUAUUGUAUUCUGUUUGUUUGAUUAUUCAUCUAGCUACAUUCAAGUUCGACAACCAGUUCGCAACGUUAGCAUAUCAAACUUUUAAUGAAACACUUGUAAAUAACAUUACCAAAAGUGAUGUAAGUACAUGGAAUCACUUAUCACUUUGGAGGUCACUGCUAGCUUUUACAGCUUGGAUUUUAGUUGGCUUGGGACCAACAAAUGACCUACUAUAUCAACACUUGAAAAAUCUCGAAACAUAUCUACCGACUAAAUGAUAAUUCAUUAUUGUUUACAUGUUGUAUAAUUUGUGAUAUUUUAUUUAAAUAUUGUUCUAAGACUGUUAAGAUUGUUUAAGAAAGUAGUAUAUAACCAGCAAACCAAAUAAUGUGUCUAAGAAAUUUUGGACAAUAUAAUUUGAAAAUUAAA